ACUUUAAUGUGUGACCCAUAGUUGAAAUCCUUGUUUUCCUCUUUAGUUUUAGGUCUGAAGGAGUUAAAGUGUACGGGCAAAGCCUCUUGAACGGGCUUCUGCUACUGAAUUGGAUUUUUCAGCCACACAUCCUUCGCUGCCAUGGCAACCCUUGAAAAUCCGUGUGUCGGCCAGCUCAGGAGGAGUUUGUUGAAAGUUGUCGGAGCUUUUCACAGCAGAACCGGACAGCGCCGGAUUGAAGUUUCUGUGAGCGCCUGUGAGCUGCUCACUGGAAAUAGAGAGAGAAGGGGAAUACAAGUUAUUGAUCCAGGAUCCAAAGGACGCCAUGUUUUCCUUGUCGGAGCUGGCUCCUCUGAAUCAGCAUCAGAACAGGUCUAAGCUGCUGAAGCCAUGGUGGGAGGUCUUCAUGGACUACCUGGUGGUCCUGAUGCUGAUGGCGUCUGUCCUGGCUUGCACCGAGCAGCUCUCCAGGGACCGGGUCGUAUGCAUUCCCUUGGAUCCAAUUAUGACCGGAAAUAACAGCCACCGUGGUCCCUCAGCUAAUGGUGGUGUGGCCCUGACUCCAUCUCCUAAACCGCUCGUGAACCCUCCUCUCAACCUGAGCCCAAAUCUCCACUCUGUAGCUCGGGGGCGACGCACACAUCUGGUCUACCAGCAGUAUGUUUACAUUAGUCAGGUGUGCUACCAUGAAGCUUUGCCGUUGUGCUCCCGCUUCUUCCCCUACAUGGCCUUGCUACAGUCCCUAGUGUUGGUGGCCAGCGGCUCCUUCUGGCUCCACUUCCCCCACACCUCUUCCCGCAUUGAGCAGUUCCUCGCCAUCCUGGCAAAGUGCUGCGAGUCGCCUUGGACCUCUCAGGCCCUGUCCCACGCCGCUCGCCAGGAGAACAUCCAGGAGGUGGAGGAGGAGGAGCGACGACCCCUCCAGCCUCCUUCGACAUCCUCUUCGUCCCCGGUUACCCGCACGAGACGUUCAAGCGUGGACUCGGGCACGGACAGCCCUCUUUUGAAGAGGUCGGAUAGCGCAUCCUCUGCGGCUCCUCCGUCGCCUUGUCCUUCCACUCUCUCCUCCAACUCUGCCGUGUCUUCAUUAUCCUUCGGAAACCUUCCCUCUGCCAAGCCCACAGUCAUGGCUGAUAGCCCCAGGCAGGUAAUCAGUUUGGAUAAAAGCGAUGGGGAACAGGCCAGGGCAUUAUUUGAAAGGGUCCGGAAAUUUCGGUCCCACUGCGAAAGCUCAGCUGUGAUUUAUAAGGUCUACUUGGCUCAGACACUAUUCAAACUCCUGAUGGUAACGCUCAUCUUGAGCUACACCAUCCCUCUUCUCAGCUCCUUGUCCUUCAACCACACUUGCUACCCUGAGGAGCACGCCUUGGUGGGCUACGUUACAUUUGAGUGCAUCCAUGUGCUCUCAUCACUUCUACACAAACUCCUGUUGGCCUACUUAACCCUGCUCGGGCUAUAUGGGCUGCUUAAUUUUUACACCCUCGGCUGGAUUUUACACAGCUCAUUACGACAAUAUUCCUUCCACUCAAUAAAGGAGCUGUGCUCUCUAAGAGAUGUCCCUGACCUGAGGAAUGACCUGGCCUUUCUGAUACACAUGUUGGACCAGUAUGACCCUUUGCUCGUCCAGCGUCUCUCCGUGUUUUUGUCCCCGGUCAGUGAGAGCCGGCUGCUGGAGGAAAACCUGGAGAGGCGCUGGGGAGAGGAGAAGCUGCAAGCCAUGAUCAGCGUAGAUGCAGGCGGCUGCUCCAGGCUGCAGCUGGUCGCCUUGCCUCGCCUUCCUCCAGCCCUCUUCGCCCUCAGCCAGCUUCACGUCCUCAAACUGGAGCUCAUCACCGAUGCCAGGUUUACCGCACAGGUGUCAAACAUGACCUGCCUCAGAGAGCUCCAUCUGUACCACUGCACAGCAGCUGUGGACCCCAGUGCGCUGGUGGUCCUCCAGGAACGAUUGGAGGUCCUCCACCUCACCUUCACUCAGGCGUCAGAGAUCCCCAACUGGGUCUUGUCCCUCCGGAGCCUACAUGAGCUCCACCUCUCAGGACGCUUAAGCAGUGAAGGUGGGGUGGGCCGGAGCUGGGCGCUGGGAAGCCUGCGCCAGCUACGUCACCUCCGUGUGCUUGUGAUUCGAGGCAUGUUGCAGAGGAUCCCAGGGGAGCUGUGUGAGGUGGCCGGCAGCUUGGUGAGACUGGAGAUCUAUAAUGAGGGCACCCGGCUCCUUGUUCUGACAGGUCUGAAGCGGAUGGUCGACCUGACAGAGUUGCAGCUGCAGGACUGCCAGCUGGAGCGACUGCCCUCAGCCCUGCUAGCGCUGACCAACCUGCGGACGCUCGACCUGCAGCAUAAUAACUUGAGAACCCUAGAGGAACUGCUAAGCCUGGCUCAUCUGCGUCGUCUUUCCUGCCUUCGACUUGCUUACAACCGUGUUUUGGUGCUGCCAAGCAGUGUGGGCGUGCUUCGAUGCCUCGAGCUUCUGGAUCUGUCCAACAACCAGCUUCAGAGCCUCCCCCCGGUACUCUUCACUCUUCGACGCCUUCGGAGGCUCCUGCUCGCUGGCAACCUGCUCGCGGAGCUUCCUGCGGAGGUAAAGGCACUGCAGCUGCUCACAGAGCUGGACCUCAGUGGAAACAGGUUAGAGAGUCUGCCCGCUGAGUUGUUCAGUUGCUGCUUGGAGCUGCGCAUCCUAAAUAUUGCUCACAACUCUCUCAGUUCGUUACCCAGGGGGAUUGCGGCUUUAAACCAGCUGUGCAGGUUGGACUUGCGCAGCAACAGUCUGGAAGACCUGCCUCCAGAACUGGGCUGCUGCUCUGGGUUGCAUGGAGGUGGGCUCCUGGUGGAAAAUUGGCUGUUUCUUUCUUUGCCUCCACAUGUCAGGGACUUCCUGCGUUGUUCUUGUGCCCCAACUGCUACACAUUCAGAGGAUCAGUCACGGCCAGAGUCUGACAGUUUCCCAUACUUCUGUCCUACAGAGUGGAGCUUCUCUUCGGCCCUGGAAUCACAGAUAUAAGACUAAUGGCAAGACUAACAUCCUUUAGACACUUUCGAUACUGAUGCAGUUUACACAUUUUAAUCUCAUUUGUUUUUACAGUGCGUUGGGCUGAUUCUGCAGUGACUACUUCUUUUGAAUAUAAUUUUUCAAUUUGUAAUUUUAAUUUUCAAACCAUACUGAUGAGUGGGUAAUGAGUGCCCAGCUACUCUUGACACUGUUGUGCAUAAAGGGAUCCAAAGACAGUUUUCCUGAGAGUGGACAAAACUUUCACAAAUACUGUGUAUUUUUCAGGGCUGCAUCAGUAACUUUGGAACGGAGAAAAUGUUGUUGUAUUAAUACAGAUUAGACUGACAUAAAAUGAACAUGUGUAUUGAUAUCUCUAAAUACAGUAUAUUCUGUAAUGUAAAUUAAUUAUUUCUCGUAAUACCAGGCGUUUUAGUCUUUGUGAACAGUUGUUUAUCUGUUUGUUUAUAAUUGCAUCUUGUUGGUUUAUUUAUUAUGAGAAAUAGUCACCCAAAGUAUUUAUGUGACUGAACUGAUAGAAUUUCUAUUUCUAGAAGGUAAUAUUUGUCUCCCAUACAUAAAUAAACUCUUUAUUGUCA